AUGAUCAAUGACGAUUUGAAAAUAGACCAGGAUAUCCAUUGCAGCUACGUCUGGGAGGUCUGGAAACUUGUUGUGCUGCAGCAUUGUGGAUCAGUAAACAGUUUCAGCAGGAGUUGAAGACAGCGCAGCCAAGCGUGAGAUGAAGUUUUAGAAGGCUCUCGUCGCGCCGUCAGUAGCGCUAGCGCUUUUUAUGCGUUUUUCUUUCUGAUGAAACAAGACAGGUGAAGCUAAAGUGGCUGCGGUCUUGUUGUUCAGUCAACAUGCAGUACAGAGUAAUUUACAGGAAUGCAACAAGGGCUCGACAAGCGGCACAAUAAGUUCCACACCCAGACGAGUUAUUUGCAGUUGAUACAGGAGAUCCACGGACAAGAUUUGGAUCCAAACACAGCAGUAUGAUAGCGGACAACUACUCCUCGCUCUGCUCCUGGUUUGAAGGCCAUUUCUACCAACGAGAGCAGCUCGUUGAAGGAUGGAGCUUUUGCAUGAACACAAAUCGACGUGGUCCAGACGGAAGGGCGCUUUUGGCCACGUCGGAAUCUUGUCAUGCGCACGUGGUCAAAAGGCCCGGUUGGGUGUGGAUUUGGCGUUUUGCAUGACAAGAAAGGAAGUGGACAGAGACGAGUUUUUGCACUCUCAUACGCAGCGCAUGGCGACGUACCCUGGCAUGAUGAAACCUGGAACCCUAUCCUGUGUAGAAAACGGCUACACCCGCCGCGGCCCAGAAUCAAUUGUAUAGUGGAGAUUUGCGUUAUUUGCCCCUACUUCUACAGAAUAAAGGUUUGUUGACAUGCAGCGCAUCUGAUGAUGAAAUGCCAUAAUUCCACCCGUUGUGUUUCGGGAUUUGUGAAGAUACCGUAAACACCAGGAUUAGAAGAUGGCUCUGCAAUGCGGAAGAUGAUGUACUCGCAGCUACUCUAGUAAGUACACUACACUGCAGCGAGAACACUGCGAAUAAAUUUCGUGCUGUCAUGCGUGACUCACCUUCCAAAGCUUCUGGAUUUACGUGGGUUGUUCAGUAAUUCCAAUCUUGGUUCGAGGGCGUAGGCCCCGUAGAAGUUUUUACACAGGAUACACCCGGUAUGGAAGUGUCAGAAUCGAAAUUGACAAAAUCGAAAAAUUUGCGAUGCACAAAAUCGAUGUCUGUUGGAGCCUCAGUUUCCCAGUGGCGCAUGACAAAUUUCGGGCGCACCCAAAUCCAGUCUGUCAUGCAGUUUGGGCAAAGAAGACUCCUCCUGUCAUGCUACUCUGGCAGCACAUUUUAUACCCCUAAACAGGCUCACAAUCGGUCUCAUUUGCCUACUCCCCAACACAGGCCUUCAGUGCCCUACAUUUUACGCAUCGCAAAUUAUUUCGAUUUUGUUGAUUUCGAUCCUGACACUUCCAUACCCGGCGGAAAAGUACAACGCGGACUAUCACACGAAGGAACACUAUCAAAUGUAAAAAUGUCUGGGUCUGGAAGAAUGCAACUUGUGAUGCUGAAUUUGGAUUCCAAAAAAAUCUGUAUUGCAUGAGCAGCAAAGAGAGUCCAAAUUUUUCAGUACGGAGAGAGCAUUUGUCAUGCGGAAUAGGCAUCAGGAAGCCCUCUAAAAAUAUGUGAUGCUAGGGCAUGCGUCACAGACUUGAGGAGUCAUGCAAAAUGUGCAUGACAAAGCCGGCAAUCUUCCAAACCCAGACACUUUUACAGUUGAUAAACACCCUAUCAUUACCAAAGCCGAGCUGGACUCCAUUCAGUAUCCCGACGACUUCGAAAGCGGAACCGAGACGAGUACGCAACAGGGGGGAUUGCGCGGAGGCGAGAACCCCGCAGAAGAUCUGCAGGCGAAACUGGAGAUGCACAUGAACGACGAAAUUGCUGGGGAUGACAAUGAAGUCGACAUGUACUUAUCCAUUGUAAAACUAUCGAACUCGUCGUACAAAUUCCAAUAUUGCAUCAAAGACAAAGUCAAACAGUUGUUGAACAGCAUUACCUUAUUUGUGAGAAUAUUUGUGAUGCAGAUGUAAUCACUAGUACUAGCGAACGAUUGAUUUUGCAUAUGUAUAACAUUCCGGAUGA